AUGGCCGACUAUGUUAAGGUGUUAAAUGGUCCUAAUGGGAGCCCGAAUUGGUAUGUUGAUGUUCACCCGAUGAGGGUGUUCAAAUGGGCGCCGGACUUCGAUACAUUCUUCGAGUCACCGAUUGUUUCCGUUUGGUGCAACAUCAUCGACAUCCCGGCGCAUCUCUAUGAGGAAUCGGCCAUCAUGGCAAUCGGUAAUCUCUUAGGCAAGCCACUACAAGCCGAUCAUGCCACCAUCCAUCAAAGCCGGCUCUCCUUUGCUAGGAUUUGUGUGGAGAUUGACAUUUCGAUCCCCCCGCCGGAAGAAAUCAUCCUCAAUAUCCGAGGUAAAGAUUCAAGGUACAAUGUGGCAUGGGACCGUUUCCCUUUGUUUUGUGCAAAUUGUAAACAUGUUGGGCACGUGAAAGAAGAUUGUCAUGCUUCGGGAAGGAAGAAUCGGGUUGGAGGUAGGGAUCGCCGAGUACCAACCAAGGCAUUUUACUCGAGCAACGUCCCCAAGAUCACCCGCCAAGAGUGGCGCCCAAAGGCGGAUACUUGGGCAUGCACCUCAUCAACUAGUGGGUAUCCGAACAAGGCUAAAGAAUGUACCGACCAAACGUAG